AACCCAUUUUGGAUGAAACACCAAAAACCCUAAGUGAACAAAAAAUCACAAAACGUCUCUCUCUUUUUCCCCAUAAUCAAUCAAGAAAAUCACUACACUAACACUGAAUAAUAAAAAAUUACGUAACUUGCGAUGAGUAGUGGAGGUGCAGGAGCUGUAAAGCCCAAAGAGGAGGAACAAGAUGGCAUAUCCGUUCAUUCUCCUUGCAAACCUCCUCCUUCCUCCGCUUCCUCUCUCCCCAAGGUUGAAUUGGAGCUCAGACUCUUGGAAGCUCUUGAGAUUUAUCCUCCAAUAAAACUUCAAGGAAUACAUCGCCACUUUGUUCUUUAUGGUCUGAUGGAAUAUCUAAAGAGGAGUUUCGACAGACACUUCUCUUCUGAGGAGGUCCUUCAGUUGCUGGAUCGGUUCUACAACUUAGAAAUGCUGAAAACAGACGAUGAAGAUAUCGAUAUGCUUAAUCAUGAAGAAGAUUUCAGCUUGCCUCAGAGUUUCUUUGGAAAGGAAGAAUCUUGAGCUAUAAAUAUUUUCAUUUGAACAUCUCCACCUUUUGAUUUGUAAAGUUCAUUGUUAUUCUAUUCUGUCAUUGUCUUCUCUCCUCAUUUUGUGUUGGAUUAUGCUUCGAUGGUGGUUCUUUUGUCUUUCCUGUUAAGUUGUGGUGGCUCUUAUCACGCGCGCAUCUAUUAUGUUUUGCGUGGUGGUUCCGAGUAUUAUAAUCUCGUUUUGGGCUGCUUAAUAAAUGUAUUUAACUGCAGUGGUUUGGAUAUAGAACAGUAAGACUUCAGGGUGUAUUUAUAUGAUUAAGGAAAGUAUAUCGUAUUCUCAA